AUGGCUCCGGCAGCCAGCACUUCAGCGGUGGAUCUCACCUCGGAGAUCUUGCAUGCGCUGUCAGACAAAGACCCAGUUCUGUCUGCCGAAACCUUCCCACAAGUCCCGUUCGAGUCGAUCAAAGCUGCGCUCGACCGACUUGCUUCGCGGUCCAUGGUAACCUAUGAGCAGGUGGAGCGUGAGGAAGCUACCCUUGAGCCAGAGGCUGAGGUUAUCGUCAGUCAUGGGAGUCACGAAGCCCGUGUCUUUGAGGCAGUGCGCGAGGCCCUAGACGGGCUCUCAAUCCAAGACCUCGAAAGCAAGGUUGGAGACAAGACCGUAACAAAGGUCGGCCAAGGGAAAGCCUUCAAGGAGAAAUGGAUUAAGAAGGACGGCAAUAGACUUGUUGCACUGGUGGAUUCGAUCAACGAUGUUACCCGGGACCAGCUUCGGGUGAUUCAAGAAACACGAACCCAUGACCCCAAGAUUCUAGCCGAUCUGAAGAAGCGCAAACUCUUGAAAAUGCAAAAGGUUAUUUCUUUCACGAUAAGCAAGGGCCCCAAGUACGCCCUGGAAAUGAUCAAGGAAGAGACAGAUCUCACAGCCGAGACACUGGCAUCUGGCUCUUGGAAAACAGCGACUUUCAAGCCCUAUAAUUUCAAUGCCCAGGGUGCGGAUCAACACUCGGGCGCUCUGCACCCCUUGAACAAAGUGCGCCAUGGGUUCAGGCAAAUAUUCUUCGAGAUGGGCUUCACAGAAAUGCCCACGAAUCAGUACGUUGAGUCUGGAUUCUGGAACUUCGAUGCUCUCUUCGUCCCCCAGCAACACCCCGCUCGUGAUCUUCAAGACACCUUCUACGUUUCAGACCCACCAAAGGCUGCCAAACCUUGUCCGGUGUCUGCUGCCGAUAAGCAGGAUUACGAUGAAUACUUCCGUAAUGUGAGGCAAGUCCACGAGAGUGGGAAAUACGGGUCGAUUGGUUAUAGGUACCCUUGGUCAGAAGAUGAAUCACUAAGACUUGUCUUGCGGACACACACCACCUCCAUUUCGACAGCCAUGCUGUACAGGCUGGCAGGGCAACGCCAGGAUGGGCGUGUUCCGCCAGCUCGGUACUUCUCCAUUGACAGAGUCUUCAGAAAUGAAACGGUUGACGCAACACAUCUUUGCGAGUUCCACCAGGUUGAAGGAGUCAUUGCCGACUAUGGGCUGACUUUAGGCGGCCUGAUGGAGUUCUUGGAGAUGUUCUUCGCGAAGAUGAAUGUCAAAGAUCUUCGUUUCAAGCCAGCUUACAACCCAUACACAGAGCCUAGCAUGGAGAUCUUCUCCUAUCACAAGGGGCUCAAUAAGCUCAUUGAGAUCGGCAACUCGGGUAUCUUCAGGCCCGAAAUGCUCGAGGCCAUGGGUCUCCCCAAAGAUCUGGUUGUGUUUGGUUUUGGCUUGAGCUUGGAGAGACCGACGAUGAUCAAAUACGGCAUAUCCAAUAUUCGGGAGCUGCUUGGUCACCAGGUCGACCUCAACUUUGUCCAAAAUAAUCCAGCGGUGCGGCUAGACAAGGAUUAG